AUGGCGUCUCUAUUGCUGCGUCCAUCGCAGCUCCUGCUGCGCUCUCAGCGUUCUGCGCACUCCUCACUGCUCCACAAGGCACCUUUUAGCUCAUCCGCUGGCAAUUCCAGCUCACCAUCGGGUCUUACGUCGCUGCAAAAGGCGUCGCUGGGCCUGGCCGUCAUGUUUGGCGGUGGUUAUGCCAUCGGCUACUUCUUCGGACCUUUUCCAUCGCUCGAGGACCUCACAGGCGUCAAGGCUGUGGGCGGCGCCCCUGCGUACAAGGGCGAGCUGAUCGUGACCGACAAAGUCUUCUUCGAUAUCGGCAUCAACGACGACUACGUGGGCAAGAUCGUUAUGGGGCUAUACGGAGAAGUGCAGCCUCGGACGGUGGAGAACUUCCGUGCGCUGUGUACCGGCGAGAAGGGCGCGUCUCGUGCUGGCCCGCCGCUGUGGUACAAAGACUCCAAGUUCCACCGCAUCGUCCCCGGCUUCAUGAUCCAGGGCGGUGACUUCACGCAACAUAAUGGACGAGGCGGAGAGUCCAUUUACGGCCGUCGCUUUGACGAUGAGGACCUGAGUGUGCCUCAUGCGGGUCCUGGCACGCUGAGUAUGGCGAACGCAGGUGCUAACACGAACGGCAGUCAGUUCUUCAUCUGCACGGGUGACACGCCAUGGCUGGAUGGCAAGCACGUCGUGUUUGGACGCGUGCUGGAAGGGAUGGACGUCGUGGACAUCGUCUCGAGCUGCGGGAAACGCUCGGGCAAGCCGAUGGUCGACGUCAAGAUCAUCAAUUGCGGCGUGUUGGACGACCAGGGCGUUGCCGCUGACAAGAAGGAGCCCAAGCGCUUGACACGCGACGAGAUGCAGGAUCGUCUGGACUCGCUGCGGGAGGUGGAAGGCAACUUUAAGGCUCAGAAAGACCAGAUCGACCCCAGUAUGUACGACCAGCUGAUGGCCGAGAUCAAACUUGAGAAGGUUCGCAUUAAAAAGGAGCUUAAGAAGCCUCAGCCGAACGAGUAA